CAAGAGAUAGUACAAAAACGUACUUUCACAAAAUGGAUCAACUCUCAUCUGGCCAAGCGGAAACCUCCAAUGGUGGUAGAAGAUCUUUUUGAAGACAUGAAAGAUGGUAUCAAACUACUGGCUCUUCUAGAAGUGCUGUCCGGGCAGAAACUGCCUUGUGAACAAGGACGCCGUAUGAAGCGAAUCCAUGCUGUGGCUAACAUCGGCACAGCCCUCAAGUUCCUUGAAGGAAGGAAGAUUAAAUUAGUCAACAUUAACUCCACUGAUAUAGCUGACGGCCGGCCCUCCAUAGUUCUUGGACUGAUGUGGACCAUUAUCCUGUACUUCCAGAUUGAAGAGCUGACCAGCAACCUGCCACAGCUGCAGUCUCUGUCCAGUAGCACAUCUUCUGUGGACAGCAUCCUCAGCUCAGAGACCGCCAGCCCCCCCAGCAAGCGGAAAGUGGCCACCAAGGCCCAGGGAAGUGCUAAGAAGGCUUUACUAAAGUGGGUCCAGUACACGGUAACCAAGCAGGCUGGAAUAGAAGUAAAAGACUUCGGACGGAGUUGGAGAAGUGGAGUUGCCUUUCAUUCAGUUAUCCAUGCUAUUCGACCAGAACUAGUGGACUUGGAGAAAGUAAAAGGAAGAUCUAAUAGGGAAAACCUGGAGGAGGCUUUCACUAUAGCUGAAACUGAACUGGGGAUCCCGAGACUGCUAGACCCUGAAGAUGUUGAUGUGGAUAAACCAGAUGAGAAGUCUGUUAUGACCUAUGUUGCCCAGUUUCUGAAACAUUAUCCUGAUAUCCACAAUGCUGGUCUUGAUGGACAAGAGAAUGAGGAAAUACUCACAAGUUUUCCAUCUCUUGCAAAUUAUAUCCAAAGUUUUAAGAGAGAAGACAGGCUAAUUUUGAAGGAGAUGAAAGUGUGGAUAGAGCAAUUUGAAAGAGAUUUGAUGAGGGCACAGAUGACAGAAUCAAAUUUGCAGGAUAAAUAUCAGUCAUUUAAGCACUUCAGAGUUCAGUAUGAAAUGAAGAGGAAACAGAUUGAACAUUUGAUACAGCCACUGCACAGAGAUGGCAAAUUGUCACUUGACCAAGCAUUGGUGAAACAAGCCUGGGAUAGAGUGUCCUCCAGGCUCUUCGAUUGGCACAUCCAGCUUGAUAAGUCUCUACCUGCGCCUCUGGGUACUAUAGGUGCCUGGCUGUACAGAGCAGAGGUGGCCCUGAGAGAGGAGUUAACCAUUCAGCAGGUCCAUGAGGAGACGGCAAACACCAUACAGCGGAAACUGGAGCAGCACAAGGAUCUGCUUCAAAACACAGACGCCCACAAAAGAGCAUUCCAUGAAAUCUACCGGACCAGGUCUGUGAACGGGAUCCCCGUGCCCCCUGACCAAUUAGAGGACAUGGCCGAGAGGUUUCGUUUUGUUUCCUCCACGUCAGAGCUGCACUUGAUGAGGAUGGAAUUCCUAGAGCUGAAGUACCGGCUGCUCUCGCUGCUGGUUCUGGCUGAGUCGAAGCUGAAGUCUUGGAUCAUCAAGUAUGGGAGAAGGGAAUCCGUGGAGGUGCUGCUGCAGAAUUACAUUUCUUUUAUAGAAAACAGCAAAUUCUUUGAACAGUAUGAAGUGACAUACCAGAUCUUGAAACAGACGGCUGAGAUGUAUGUCAAGGCAGAUGGGUCAGUGGAGGAAGCAGAGAAUGUGAUGAAGUUCAUGAACGAAACCACCGCUCAGUGGAGGAACCUGUCUGUGGAAGUGAGAAGUGUGAGGAGCAUGCUGGAAGAAGUCAUUUCCAACUGGGACCGAUAUGGCAAUACUGUGGCUAGUCUUCAAGCUUGGCUAGAAGAUGCUGAAAAAAUGCUGAAUCAGACAGAGCAUGCCAAAAAGGAUUUUUUUCGAAAUUUGCCUCACUGGAUCCAGCAGCACACUACUAUGAAUGAUGCUGGCAAUUUUCUGAUUGAAACAUGUGAUGAGAUUGUCUCCCAAGAUCUUAAGCAGCAGUUAUUAUUGCUAAAUGGGCGAUGGAGGGAGUUAUUUAUGGAAGUCAAGCAAUAUGCUCGAGCUGACGAGAUGGAUAGAAUCAAGAAAGAAUACACAGAGUGUGUAGAGACCUUGUCUACUUUUGCAGCUGAAGCCCAGAGGAAACUUUCGGAACCCUUGGAAGUCUCCUUUAUUAAUGUCAAGUUAUUAAUUCAAGAUUUGGAGGAUAUUGAGCAGAGGGUGCCGGUGAUGGAUGCUCAGUACAAGAUGAUCACAAAGACAGCCCACCUCAUCACAAAAGAAAGUUCCCAAGAAGAAGCGAACGAAAUGUUUGCAACCAUGUCUCAGCUCAAGGAGCAGCUAGCCAAGGUCAAAGAAUGCUACUCCCCACUUCUGUAUGAGUCGCAGCAGCUGUCCAUUCCGUUAGAGGACUUGGAAAGGCACAUGACGAGCUUCUAUGACUCACUUGGGAAAAUCAAUGAAGUUUUAACAGUUCUGGAACGAGAGGCACAAUCGAGUGCUCUUUUUAAACAAAAACAUCAGGAACUGUUGGCUUGUCAGGAGAGCUGUAAGAAAACCUUGACACUAAUAGAGAAAGGCAGUCAGAGUGUUCAGAAGUUCGUGACUUUGAGCAACGUGUUAAAGCAUUUUGAUCAGACAACACUACAAAGAAAGAUUGCUGAUGCUCAUGUGGCUUUUCAGAACAUGGUAAAGAAAACUGGAGAUUGGAAGAAACACGUGGAAACCAAUAGUCGCUUGAUGAAGAAAUUUGAGGAGUCUCGAGCAGAAUUGGAGAAGGUGCUGAGGACCGCUCAAGAGGGCCUCAAGGAAGAGGGGGACCCAGAAGAACUCCUGAGGAGACACACUGAUCUUCAAGGAGAAGCCCCAUAUCAUUUGCUUCAUCUGAAGAUUGAUGUAGAAAAAAAGAGAUUCUUGGCAUCAGUGGAAGAAUGCAGAACUGAGCUGGAUCGAGAGAGCAGGCUGGUGCCCCAGGAAGGAAGUGAGAAGAUGAUCAAAGAGCACAGGAUUUUCUUCAGUGACAAAGGUCCUCAUCAUCUCUGUGAGAAGAGGUUACAGCUCAUUGAAGAGCUGUGUCUGAAGCUACCUGCACGGGACCCAGGGAGGAGCAUGCCUGAGACAUGCCACACGGCACUCAGAGAGCUCAGGGUGGCCAUCAACAGCACCUAUGAGAAGCUCAUGGGAGACCCAGACAAAUGGAAAGACUACAGCAGCAGAUUUUCUGAGUUUUCCUCUUGGAUAUCUGUGAAGGAGACUCAGUUGAAGGAGGUGAGGGAUGGGGUCAUUGAUGCUGCCAACCAUGGAGAGGUCAAACGUGUUGCAGAGGAGAUCAGAAAUGGUGUUACCAAACAAGGAGAGACUCUCAGCUGGUUGAAAUCCAGGCUGAAAACUCUGAUCGAAGUUUCUUCUGAGACGGAAGCCCAAAAGCAAGGAGACGAGCUGGCAAAAUUAUCUAAUGACUUUAAGGCUCUUGUCAACUUGUUGUCAGAGGUGGAAAAGAUGUUAAGCAACUUUGGGGACUGUGUCCAGUACAAAGAAAUCGUACAAAAUUCCCUUGGAGAGUUAAUUUCUGGCUCCAAAGAAGUUCAGGAGGAAGCUGAGAAGAUCCUGGACACUGAAAAUCUCUUUGAAGCACAGCAGUUAUUCCUUCAUCACCAGCAAAAGACGAAGCGGAUCUCUGCCAAGAAGAGAGACGUGGAGCAGCAGAUUGCGCAGGCGCGGCAGGGAGACGCGGGGCUGCGGGGCCGUGCGCACGAGGAGCUGCGGGGCCGUGCGCACGAGGAGCUGCGGCAGCUGCAGAGCGCCCUGGACAGCGUGGAGCGCAGCAGGGAGAAGCAGGAGCGCCGCAUCCAGGUCACCCUAAGAAAAUGGGAGAGAUUUGAAACAAACAAAGAGACGGUAGUCAGAUACCUUUUCCAAACAGGUUCCAACCAUGAACGCUUCUUGAGCUUUAGCAGUUUGGAAAGCUUAUCUUCAGAACUGGAACAGACCAAGGAGUUUUCUAAACGGACAGAAGGUAUUGCAGUUCAGGCUGACAACCUUGUGAAGGAAGCCUCAGAGAUACCACUUGGGCCUAAGAAUAAGCAGUUGCUCCAACAGCAGGCCAAGUCAAUCAAAGACCAAGUCAAAAAACUAGAAGACACACUUGAAGAAGAUAUUAAAACCAUGGAAAUGGUGAAAAGCAAGUGGGAUCAUUUUGGCAGUAAUUUUGAGACCCUGUCCAUCUGGAUAACUGAGAAAGAAAAAGAACUCAAUGCCUUGGAAAGUUCGUCAUCGGCUUUGGACGUGCAAAUCAGCCAAAUUAAGGUCACAAUUCAGGAAAUAGAAAGUAAGCUUGGCAGCAUUCUAGGAUUAGAAGAAGCAGCACAGUCUUUUGCUCAGUUUAUUACCACUGGGGAAUCUGCUCGAAUCAAGGCCAAGUUGACACAAGUCAGAAGACACUGGGAAGAACUCCGAGAGCAUGCCCAGUGCCUGGAGGGAACUCUCCUGGGACAUCUGUCUCAACAGCAAAAGUUUGAAGAGAACCUGAGGAAGAUCCAGCAGUCUGUGUCUGAAUUUGAAGAUAAACUUGCUGAUCCAAUUAAAAUAUGUUCUUCAGCUACAGAAACGUACAGAGUUCUCCAAGAACAUAUGGACUUCUGUCAGGCUCUGGAGUCUCUGAACAGCACAGUGACUGCCUUCUCGGCCAGUGCUCGCAAGGUCAUGGCCAGAGACUCUGCUGCUCAGGAGGCAGUGGCUGUGGAGCGGCAGUACGAGGGGCUACUGAGCAGGGCGAAGGGCAGACAGACCGCCCUGGAGAGCCGCCUGGCCCACUGGCAGAGACUAGAGAAAGAACUGUCAACAUUCCUGACCUGGUUAGAGCGGUGUGAAGCUAUAGCCAGUUCCCCAGACAUCUCUGCAGACAGAGUCAAAGUGGAGGGUGAACUUCAAUUAAUACAGGCCUUGCAAGAUGAGGUUGUAUCCCAGGCCUCAUCCUACAGCAACCUUCUGCAGUUGAAGGAAGCACUGUUCUCAGUGACUUCCAAGGAUGAGGUGAAGAUGGUGAAACUACAUUUGGAUCAGCUGGAUGAGAGAUGGAGAGAUUUGCCACAGAUCAUUAGCAAGAGGAUUCAUAUGCUCCAGUCAGUGGUUGCCGAACACCAGCAGUUUGAUGAGCAGCUGCUCUCCUUUUCUGUCUGGAUUAAGCUGUUCCUCAGUGAAUUACAAGCAACUUCUGAGAUAAGCGUAACAGACCAUCAAGCGGCUCUUAUCCGCCACAAGGACCACGCAGCAGCAGUGGGAAGCAAACAGGAAGAAAUGAAGAAUGUGCAGGGCCACCUGGCAAAGCUGGCUUCUCUCGGUUGCUCCGAGGACCUCCACCUCCUCCAGGGCAGGGCGGAGGACUGCUUCCAGCUGUUCGAGGAGGCCAGCCAGGUCGUGGAGAGGCGGCAGCUUGCCCUGUGCCAGCUGGCAGAAUUCCUACAGCGCCAUUGCUGUCUGUCAGGGGUUCUCCAUCGGCUGAGGCAAAUGGUGGAAGCCACCCACAGUAUGAAUAAGAAACAGUCUGAUUUAUUAGAAAAGGACUUAAGCGAUACCAUUCAAGAUGCUAAAACGUUAGAAUCUACUGCCGUCAGUCUUGAUGGGCUUCUUAGCAAAGCCCAGUACCAUCUGAAGAGCGGAAGCUCUGAGCAAAGGACUUCCUGCAGAGCCACGGCUGAUCAGCUCUGCUUGGAAUUAGAGAGAAUCCAGAACCUUCUGGGAACGAAGCAGAGCGAGGCAGAUGCCCUGGCGGUGUUAAAAAAGGCAUUCUGGGACCAGAAAGAGGAGCUGCUGAAGAGCAUCGAAGACAUCGACGAAAGGGCUGACAAAGAGCGAUUGAAAGAGCCCACGCGGCAAGCUCUGCAACAGAGCCAAGGUCAGUGCUGUGGACUCAUCGACUUAAUGAGAGAAUAUCAGAACUUGAAGUCAGCUGUAUCUAAAGUUCUAGAAAAUGCCAGCAGUGUGAUUGGAACAAGAACUACUAUAAAAGAUCAAGAAGACCUAAAGUGGGCUUUAUCCAAGCAUGAAGCUGCCAAGAAUGAAAUGAAUAAGAAGCAAAAGGAGUUGGAUAACUUCACCAGUAAAGGAAAACAGCUGUUGUCUGAGCUGAAAAAAAUUCACAGCACUGAUUUCACUUUGGUGAAAACAGACAUGGAGGGCACCGUGGACCGAUGGCUGGAUAUAUCGGAGAGAAUUGAGGAAAACAUGGAGAGGCUGAGGAUAAGCCUGUCCAUUUGGGAGGAUGUCCUUUCAGGUAAAGAUGAAAUCGAAGGAUGGUCAAACAGCUCUGUCCCACAACUGGCUGAAAGCAUCAGCAACCUGAAUAACAGCCUUAAAACGGAAGAGUUCCUUAAAGAAUUUGAGACUGAAGUGAAAAACAAAGCACUGAGAUUAGAAGAACUUCAUGCUAAAGUGAAUGAGCUCAAAGAAUUAACUAAAAAUCCAGAAACACCACCAGACCUUCAGUUUCUAGAAGCAGACUUAAGGCAGAAACUGGAGCACGCCAGAGAAAUAACUGAAGCAGCCAAAGGAACCCUCAAAGAUUUCACAGCUCAGACUGCACAAGUGGAGGGGUUUGUUAAUGACAUGACAACCUGGCUGAUGAAGCUAGAAGAAUCCUUGUUGAACUGUGCUCAGACUGAGACAUGUGAGGGGUUAAAGAAAGUAAAGGAUAUACAAAAAGAACUUCAAAGUCAGCAAAGCAACAUCAGCUCAACCCAAGAAAAUCUUAAUAGCUUGUGCCGUAAGUACCACUCGGUGGAGUUGGAGAGCUUGGGUGGUGCAAUGACGGGGCUGUUGAAGAAACACGAAGCUGUAAACCAGUUGUGCUCCAAAACACAGAGCAGUCUGCAGGAUUCUCUGGAAAAACAUUUCAAUGCCUUGAACAUUCUGGACUCAGUCAGUGUUGGACAGGGCAAGCUUGACGCCGUGACUCAAGAAGGACAAACUUUGUAUGCACAUUUGUCUAAACAACUGGUCAGCAGCAUUCAGGAACAGGUUACAAUGGCUAAUGAAGAGUUUCAGGCAUUUCUGAAACAAUGCCUCAAAGACAAACAGACUCUGCAAGACUGUGCUCUAGAACUUGGGAGCUUUGAGGAUCAGCACAGAAAAUUGAACUUAUGGAUCCAUGAAAUGGAAGAGAGGUUAAGUACAGAAAACUUGGGUGAAAGUAAACAGCACAUUGCUGAGAAGAAAAAUGAAGUUCAUAAAGUUGAAAUGUUUUUGGGAGAACUACUAGCUGCAAGAGAGUCUAUUGAUAAGCUCUCCCAGAGAGGGCAGCUUCUCAGUGAAGAAGGCCACGGUGCUGGGAAGGAAGGCCGUCUGUGCUCCCACCUCCUCACCAGCUACCAGAACUUGCUCAGAAUGACGAAGGAGCAUCUCCGGAGCUGCCAGGUGGCCCUGCAGGAGCACGAAGCCCUGGAGGAAGCACUGCAGAACAUGUGGUCCUGGGGGAAAGACGUCCAAGACAGACUGGGCUGUGCAGAGAGCACUGUUGGAAGCAAAGACACAUUGGAAAAGCGGCUGAUACAAAUACAGGAAAUUCUCCUGAUGAAAGGUGAAGGUGAAAUUAAGUUGAAUAUGGCCAUUGGCAAAGGGGAGCAGGCCUUGAGAAGCAGCAACAAAGAAGGUCAGAAGGUGAUUCACACUCAGCUGCAGGCCCUUAAAGACAUGUGGGCCAACAUCAUGAGCUCCUCCGUCCAUGCUCAGAGCACUUUAGAGUCUGUGAUCAGCCAAUGGAAUGAAUAUCUGGAGAGGAAAACCCAGCUGGAAGAGUGGAUGGAAUCAGUGGAUCAGCAAGUUGAGCAUCCCCUACAGCUGCAGCCAGGUCUGAAAGAGAAGUUCACCCUGCUGGACCACUUCCAGUCCGUCAUGGCCCAGGCGGAAGACCAUGCCCGAACACUUCACCACCUAACUGCAAAAGCCAGGGAGCUCUACGAGAAGACUGAGGACGCAGCUUUCAAGGAAACAGCUCAACAGGAACUAAAGACACAGUUUAAUGAUAUAACCACCGUCGCUAAGGAAAAAAUGAGGAAAGUUGAAGAGAUUGUGAAAGACCAUCUAAUGUAUUUGGAUGCAGUCCAGGAGUUUACAGACUGGCUCCAUUCAGCUAAGGAAGAACUCCACCGGUGGUCAGAUAUGUCUGGAGAUUCAUCAGCCACCCAGAAGAAGUUGUGUAAAAUUAAGGAGUUGAUAGAUUCCAGAGAGGUUGGUGCGAGCCGCCUAAGCAGAGUGGAGUUGCUGGCUCCAGCCGUGAAACGGGACACAAGUGCCCCGGGCGCUGAGCUCAUGGACGCAGAGAUGCAGGCCCUGAGUGCGGACUGGAAGCAGUGGGAAGACAGCGUAUUCCAGACCAGGAGCGGCCUGCAGGACCUGGCCAGCCAGAUGGCCCUCUCGGAACAGGAGUUCUCAGGCCAAGUGGCUCAGCUUGAUGAGGCCUUGGAGCAGCUCAGGGUCCUUCUGCAGACCUGCUCUCAGCAGCUGACGCUCCUGGAAGGCAAGAACACUGAUCAGGAGCUGGUGGCAGGCUGGCACAAAGGACAAGAGAUCCUUGAUGCUCUAGAAAAAGCAGAGCCCAAGACUGAAGAUCUUAAGUCUCAGUUGAAUGAACUUUGUCGAUUUUCCAGAGACCUAAGUGCAUACAGUGGGAAAGUUUCUGGCUUGAUUAAAGAAUAUAACAGUCUUUGUUUGCAAGCGUCCAAGGGCUGCCAGAAUAAAGAACAGAUGUUACAGCAAAGAUUUCAGAAAGCCUGCAGGGACUUCCAGCAGUGGUUGGUGAAUGCCAAAAUCACUACAGCCAAAUGUUUUGAUAUACCUCAAAAUAUUAAUGAAGUUUCAACGAGUCUACAAAAAAUACAGGAGUUUUUGUCGGAAAGUGAAAGUGGACAGCACAAACUAAAUGUGAUGCUAUCUAAAGGAGAGCUGUUGAGUACUCUGCUGACCAAAGAGAAAGCUGAAAGUGUCCAGGCCAAACUUGAGACGGCAAAAGAAGACUGGAGAAAUUUUCAUUCAAAUCUCCACCAAAAGGAAUCUGCUCUCGAGAACCUGAAGAUCCAAAUGAAGGACUUUGAAGUCAGUGCCGAGCCCGUGCAGCAGUGGCUGAGUGCCACCGAGAAGAUGGUGCGAGAGAGCAGUGUUCGGCUCCACGACCUGCCAGCCAAGAGACGGGAGCAGCAGAAGCUCCAGUCUGUCCUUGAGGAAGUAAACUGCUACGAGCCUCAGCUCCACAGGCUCAAAGAGAAAGCUCAGCAGCUGUGGGAAGGACAGGCUGCCAGCAAGAGCUUUCUGCACAGAGUGUCGCAACUGUCUUCUCAGUACCUAGCUCUAAGCAAUGUAACAAAGGAGAAAGUGUCAAGAUUGGAUAGACUCGUUGCCGAACACAAUCAGUUCUCUGUUGGGGUUAAGGAGCUCCAAGACUGGAUGACUGACGCGAUUCACAUGCUGGAUUCUUACUGCCACCCCACCUCCGACAGGAGCGUGCUGGACAGCAGGAUGCUGAAGCUCGAGGCUCUGUUAUCAGUGAAACAGGAAAAAGAGGUUCAGAUGAAGAUGAUAGUGACGAGAGGUGAGUCUGUCCUCCAGAACACCUCUCCAGAAGGCAUCCCUGCCAUUCAGCAGCAACUGCAGACCGUGAAGGAGACGUGGGCUUCUCUGUUGUCUUCCGUGAUUCGUUGUAAAAGUCAACUCGAAGGAGCCCUUUCUAAAUGGACAAGUUAUCAGGAUGAUGUUCGACAGUUCUCCAGUUGGAUGGAGAGUAUCGAAGCCAAUAUAAAUGAGUCUGAAAGGCAGUGUGCGGAGCUGCGGGAGAAAACAGCUGCUCUCGGAAAAGCCAAGUUGUUAAAUGAAGAAGUACUGAGUCACAGCAGCUUGCUGGAGACCAUUGAAGCCAAAAGGGCUGGCAUGACGGAGCACUAUGUCACCCAGUUGGAAGUCCAGGAUCUGCAGGAACGAUACAGAGUGAUCAGAGAGAGGGCCAAGGAAGCAGUAACCAAGUCUGAAAAACUAGUUCGCCUGCACCAAGAGUAUCAGAGAGAACUAAAAGCAUUUGAAAUUUGGCUGGGACAAGAACAAGAAAAACUUGACCAAUCCUCAAUUCUUGAAGGUGAUGCCCAGGCUCACGAGACAACAUUACGUGGUCUUCAGGAGCUCCAGGUGCACUGUGCAGAGGGCCAGGCCCUGUUGAAUGCCGUGCUUCACACCAGGGAGGAAGUGAUCCCCUCCGGCAUCCCCCAGACUGAGGACCGGCUCCUCGAGGCCCUCCGGCAGGACUGGCAGGCUUAUCAGCAGAGGCUGUCUGAGACCCGGACUCAGUUCAAUAACAUUGUGAGCAAGUUGAGGCUCAUGGAGCAGAAGUUUCAGCAAGUCAAUGAAUGGCUGAAAGCAAUGGAAGAGAAAGUGAGUGUGAGGCCUGGCAGUCAGACCAACCGAGCAACCAAGGAGAUCCAGUUACAUCAGAUGAAGAAGUGGCAUGAAGAAGUUGCAGCGUACAGAGACGAAGUAGAGGAGGUGGGGGCUCGGGCGCAGGAGAUCCUGGACGAGAGUCAUGUGAGCAGCAGGAUGGGCUGCCAGGCCACCCAGCUGACUUCCAGAUACCAGGCCCUUCUGCUCCAAGCACUGGAACAAAUAAAGUUCCUGGAGGAAGAGAUCCAGAGUUUGGAGGAAUCUGAAUUAUCCCUCAGUUCCUAUGCUGAUUGGUACAGUUCUACUCUUAAAAACUUCAAGAAUGUGGCUACGAAAAUUGAUAAAGUUGACAAAGCCAUGAUGGGGGAGAAAAUGAAGAUGCUAGAGGCUUUGCUAAAGGACAUGGAGAAGGGCCACAGUUUGCUGAAAUCAGCCCGGGAGAAAGCAGAGAGGGCUCUUAAAUUCUUGGAGGAUGGUGAGGCAGACACAUUGAGGAAGGAGAUCCAGGAUCAUGUGGGGCAGUUGAAGACACUGACCAGCACUGUCCGGAAAGAGCACAUGGCCCUGGAAAAAGGCCUUCAUUUAGCAAAGGAAUUCUCAGAUAAAUAUAAAGCACAAACUCAGUGGAUAGCAGAAUACCAGGAAAUCCUAAACAUUCCUGAAGAACCCAAGAUGGAAUUAUAUGAGAAAAAAGCUCAGUUAUCGAAAUACAAGUCACUCCAACAAAUGGUGCUGUCCCAUGAGCCAUCAGUGAAGUCAGUGAGUGAGAAAGGAGCAGCUCUCCUGGAACUGGUGCAGGAUGCUACUUUAAAAGACAAACUGGAGAAACUGCAAGCUGAUUACCAGGACCUCUGCAGUGCAGGAAAGGAACACGUCUCCAGCCUGGAGGUGAAAGUCAAAGACCACGAAGAUUACAACAGUGAGCUCCAGGAGGUGGAGAAGUGGCUGUUGCAAAUGUCGGGCCGGCUGGUGGCGCCUGACCUCAUGGAGACCAGCAGCCUGGAGACAGUCACUCAGCAGCUGGCCCAUCACAAGGCAAUGAUGGAAGAAAUAGCUGGCUUUGAAGACCGUAUGAACGACCUUAAAGUGAAGGGUGACAAUCUAAUCAGUCAGUGUGCAGAUCACCUCCAAGCUAAACUUAAACAAAACGUCCAUGCUCACCUGCAGGGCACAAAGGAUAGUUACUCGGCAAUCUGCAGUACAGCUCAGAGGGUGUACCAGAGUUUGGAGCGUGAACUUAAGAAGCAUGUUAGCCGACAAGACACCCUGCAGCAGUGCCAGGCCUGGCUUUCUGCAGUCCAACCCGAUUUAAAGCCAAGCCCUCAGCCCCCUCUUAGCCGAGCAGAGGCUGUUAAGCAGGUCAAACACUUCAGAGCUUUGCAGGAGCAGGCACGCACCUACUUAGAUCUCCUUUGCUCCAUGUGUGACUUGUCCAACUCCUCCGUGAAAACCACCGCAAAAGACAUCCAACAAACAGAGCAAGUGAUUGAACAGAAGCUCACUCAGGCCCAGGCCUUAACUCAGGGCUGGGAAGAGAUCAAGCACAUGAAGGCUGAGCUUUGGAUUUACCUCCAGGAUGCCGAUCAGCAGCUGCAGAAUAUGAAGAGGAGGCAUUCAGAACUGGAGCUAAAUAUUGCACAGAAUAUGGUUUCCCAAGUAAAGGAUUUUGUUACCAAAGUACAGUCCAGACAGGCAUCGGUGACCACUAUCAUAGAAAAGGUGAAUAAGUUAACAAGGAAUCAGGAGUCUCCUGAACACAAGGAAAUAAGCCACUUAAAUGACCAGUGGUCAGAUCUGUGCCUUCAGUCUAACAACCUGUGCUCACAAAGAGAAGAGGACCUUCAGAGAACGAGAGAUUACCACGACUCUAUGAAGGUUGUUGAAGGGUUCUUAGAGAAGUUUACUACAGACUGGGAUAACUUGGCCAGAUCUGAUGCAGAGAGCACGGCCGUCCACCUGGAGGCCUUGAAACAGCUCGCACUGGCGUUACAGGAAAGGAAGUCUGCUGUAGAAGAGCUGAAAGACCGAAAGCAGAAGGUGAUAGAGCACCUGAAUCUAGAUGACAGAGAGUUAGUCAAGGAGCAGACUAGUCACUUUGAACAACGUUGGUUUCAGCUUGAGGACCUCGUGAAAAGGAAAAUCCAAGUGUCAGUCACCAACCUGGAGGAGUUAAACGUCGUGCAGUCCAGACUUAAGGAGCUGAUGGAGUGGGCAGAGGAGCAGCAGCCCAGCAUUGCUGAGGCCCUGAAGCAGAGCCCGCCUCCCGAUGUAGCGCGGAAACUCCUCAUGGAUCAUCUCGCCAUUUGCAGCGAGCUGGAGGCCAAACAGAUGCUGCUGAAGUCACUCAUAAAGGACGCUGACAGAGUGAUGGUGGACCUCGGCCUGAAUGAGCGGCAGCUGAUCCAGAAGGCGCUCGCGGAUGUACAGAAGCACAUGAGUUGCCUCAGUGACCUCGUGGGCCAGAGGCGAAAGUACUUAAACAAGGCCUUGUCUGAGAAAACCCAGUUUCUCAUGGCCGUGUUCCAGGCGACCAGCCAAAUUCAACAACAUGAGCGGAAGAUCAUGUUCCGUGAACAUAUCUGCCUCUUACCAGAUGAUGUGAGCAAACAAGUGAAAACGUGUAAGAGUGCACAAGCUAGCCUCAAGACUUACCAGAAUGAAGUCACUGGGCUUUGGGCCCAGGGCCGGGACUUAAUGAAAGGAGCCACAGAGCAGGAAAAGAGUGAGGUACUAGGCAAACUCCAGGAGUUACAGAGUGUGUAUGACACUGUUUUGCAAAAGUGUAGCCAUCGACUACAAGAGCUAGAGAAAAAUUUCGUUUCUAGGAAGCAUUUUAAGGAAGAUUUUGACAAAGCUUGUCACUGGCUAAAACAAGCAGAUAUUGUUACAUUUCCUGAAAUCAACCUCAUGAAUGAGAGCACUGAGCUUCAUGCCCAACUGGCCAAAUACCAACACAUUCUUGAACAAUCUCCAGAAUAUGAAAAUCUUCUACUUACGCUGCAGAGAACAGGGCAGGCCUUGUUACCGUCGCUGAACGAAGUUGACCAUUCCUACCUCAGUGAAAAGCUAAAUUCUCUGCCCCAGCAAUUUAAUGUUAUUGUGGCCUUGGCUAAAGACAAGUUCUAUAAAGUCCAAGAAGCGAUUCUCGCUCGGAAAGAAUACGCUUCUUUGAUCGAGUUGACAGCCCAGUCACUGAGUGACCUUGAAGACCAGUUCUUAAAGAUGAGCAAAGUCCCCACCGACCUGGCUGUUGAAGAGGCCCUGUCUCUUCAGGAUCGCUGCAGAGCCCUUCUGGGGCAGGUGGUGAGCCUGGGGGAAGCAGUAAAUGAGCUGAACCAGAAAAAAGAAAGUUUUCAGAGCACAGGCCAGCCUUGGCAGCCAAACAAGAUGCUGCAUCUUGUCACCUCAUAUCACAGGCUGAAGCGGCAAGCCGAGCAACGGGUUAGCUUAUUAGACGACAUCACUAGUGCUUACCAAGAGCAUGAGAACAUGUGCCGACAGCUAGAGAAACAACUAGAGGCCAUAAAAAAGGAACAGUCCAAAGUGAACGAGGAGACCCUUCCUGCAGAGGAGAAGCUCAAAAUGUACCAUUCCCUGGCGGGAAGUCUUCAGGAUUCAGGAAUUCUGCUAAAACGAGUCACUGUGCAUGUUGAAGAUCUUUCUCUAUACCUCGAUCCCCUGGCUUAUGAGAAAGCCAAACAGAAGCUGCAGUCCUGGCAAGAGGAGCUGGAACAGUUGACUUCUGCCAUCAGUGAGACAGUCACAGAAUGUGAGAACCGAAUGGUACAGAGCAUAGACUUCCAGACAGAAAUGAGCCGCUCCCUGGACUGGCUGAGAAGGGUCAAGGCAGAGCUCAGUGGGCCAGUGUGCCUGGACCUGAACCUGCAGGACAUCCAGGAGGAGAUCAGAAAGACCCAGAUCCAUCAGGAAGAGGUCCAGUCCAGCUUGCGGAUAAUGAAUGCCCUGAGUCACAAGGAGAAGGAGAAGUUCACGAAAGCAAAGGAACUGAUUCCUGCUGACCUGGAACACACCCUGGCUGAGCUCUCCGAGCUCGAUGGAGAAGUCCAGGAAGCUUUGUGUACCAGGCAGGCUACCUUGACGGAAAUAUAUAGUCAGUGUCAACGAUACUAUCAAGUCUUUCAAGCAGCUAAUGACUGGCUUCAGGAUGCCCAAGAAAUGUUACAGCUGUCAGGCAAUGGCCUCGAUGUGGAGAGCUCAGAGGAAAAUCUGAAGAGUCAUAAGGAAUUUUUCAGUACAGAGAAUCAGUUCCACAGCAACCUGGAGGCCCUUCAGGGCCUGGUAUCCAGCCUCAACCCACUCCUCAAGCCCACAGGGAAGGAGGACCUAGCACAGAAAAUGGCAUCUUUGGAGGAGAGGAGCCAGGGCAUAAUCCAAGACUCUCACGUCCAGCUAGAUCGUCUGCAGAGAUGUGCAGCUCAAUGGCAGGAUUACCAGAAAGCACGGGAAGAGGUUAUUGAAUUGAUGAAUGAAGCAGAAAAGAAAUUGUCUGAGUUUUCUUUAUUGAAGGCAUCUUCCAGUCACGAAGCGGAAGAAAAACUGUCAGAACAUAAGGUUAAAAAAGCCACAGAGAGGAUUGAUCAGCUACAAGAUAAGUUACCCAGAAGUUCAGCAGAGAAAGCCUCCAAAGCAGAACUUGUUGCUCUCCUUGAAGACCACGACACUUCCCUGUUGGAGCUGGAGAAGCAGCAGGCAGCCCUCGGCGUGCUGUGGCAACAAGUGUUGAGUGUGCUUCAGGAUGGAACUAGCCCGGUGGCACCAGGAGAAGAGCCACUCAUCAUGCAGGAAAUCACAGCAAUGCAAGGCCGCUGCCUAAAAUUACCUUCUGAACUCUCCCUUCAGUUAGUGGAAGUAGCAUUAGACCUGGGAAUGAUCCAUGAUCAGAUCCAAGACAAAGUCAAAGAAGUUGAGCAGAGCAAAGCCAUGAGCCAGGAAUUCAGCCGUCAAAUUCAGCAGAUAGCCAAAGAUCUCACCACUAUUCUAACAAAGCUGAAAGCCAAGACAGAUAAUUUAGUUCAAGCUAAAAUGGAACAAAAGGCACUGGGAGAAGAAUUAGAUGACUGUAAUGUAAAGUUAAUGGAACUAGAUGCAGCAGUACAAAAAUUCUCUGAAGAGAAUGGCCAACUGGGUAAACCGCUGGUCAAGAAGAUAGAAAAACUGACCGAACUCCACCAGCAGACCAUUAGGCAGACUGAGAACCGGUUCUCCAAGCUCAGUGAGGCAGCAUCACAUUUGGAAGAAUACAGUGAAAUGCUAGAACUUGUUUUGAAGUGGGUUGAGAAAGCAAAAGUCUUGGUACAUGGAAAUAUUGCAUGGAAUUCUGCAAGCCAGCUUCGGGAACAAUACAUUUCACAUCAGAGCGUACUAGAAGAAUCGGAAGAAGUUCACAGUGACCUGGAAGCCAUGGCCAAGAAACUGCAGUACCUUUCUAGUGUCUACUGUAUAGAAAAAAUGUCUCAGCAAGUCUCGGAAUUGGGACGUGAGACUGAGGAGUUGCAACAGAUGAUCAAAAUGCGUUUGCAGAAUCUGCAAGAUGCUGCCAAGGAUAUGAAAAGGUUUGAAGCAGAGCUGAAGAAUUUACAUGCUGCUCUGGAGCAAGCCCAGACAACUCUGACGUCCCCAGAAGCUGGACGUCUGAGUCUCAAGGAGCAACUGUCUCAUCGACAACAUUUGUUGUCAGAGAUGGAGUCACUAAAGCCAAAGGUCCAAGCUGUGCAGAUCUGCCAAAGCGCGCUUCGUAUCCCCGAAGAUGUGGUCACCAGCCUGCCGCUCUGCCACGCAGCUCUGCGCCUGCAGGAGGAGGCCAGCCGGCUGCAGCACACGGCUGUCCAACAGUGCACCAUCAUGCAGGAGGCCGUGGUGCAGUAUGAACAAUAUGAGCAAGAGAUGAAGCACCUCCAGCGGCUAAUCGAAGGGGCCCACAGGGAGAUCGAGCAGAAGCCGGUGGCCACCAGCAACAUCCAGGAGCUGCAGGCUCAGAUUUCUCGGCACGAGGAGCUGGCUCAGAAAAUCAAGGGCUACCAAGAGCAGAUCGCCUCUCUGAAUUCCAAGUGCAAGAUGCUGACCAUGAAAGCCAAGCACGCCACUAUGCUGCUGACGGUGACCGAGGUGGAAGGGCUGUCGGAAGGGACCGAGGACCUGGAUGGGGAGCUCCUCCCCACGCCUUCGGCCCACCCCUCUGUGGUCAUGAUGACUGCAGGUCGCUGUCACACUUUGCUGUCACCUGUCACUGAGGAGUCUGGGGAGGAGGGAACCAACAGUGAGAUGUCCUCUCCACCUGCCUGUCGCUCCCCUUCACCUGUGGCUAAUAUAGAUGCUUCUGUUAACCAGGACAUUGCUUUUUACCAAGCCCUAUCUCCUGAGAGUUUGCAGACGGAGGCCGCCAGAAUUCACCCCAGCGGGCCCUCGUCCCAGGAUUUCUAUGAGCCAGGUCUGGCGUCUUCCACCACAGCUAAGCUGGAUGACUUGCAGCGUUCUUGGGAAACCUUAAAGAAUGUGAUCAGCGAAAAGCAGCGUACCCUGUAUGAAGCUUUGGAACGCCAGCAGAGAUACCAGGACUCCCUUCAGUCCAUUUCCACAAAAAUGGAGGCCAUUGAGGUGAAGCUAAAUGAGAGUCUAGAACCUGCCAAGAGUCCUGAAAGCCAGAUGGCUGAGCAUCAGGCCUUGAUGGAUGAGAUUCUCAUGCUUCAAGAUGAAAUCAAUGAGCUUCAGUCAUCUCUCGCAGAGGAGCUGGUGUCUGAGUCGCCAGAGUCCGACCCUGUGGAGCGGCUGGCCCUGCAGUCCACUCUCACCGUCUUGGCCGAGCGAAUGUCCACCAUCAAGAUGAAGGCAUCAGGGAAACGACAGCUGCUGGAGGAAAAGUUAAAUGAUCAGCUGGAGGAACAGAGGCAGGAGCAAGCCCUGCAGAGGUACCGCUGUGAAGCUGACGAGCUUAACCACUGGCUCCUGAGCACAAAGGCCACGCUGGACAUCGCGCUUGGCACGCCCCAGGAGCCCAUGGACAUGGAAGCUCAGCUGGUGGACUGCCAGAACAUGCUGGUGGAAAUAGAGCAGAAGGUGGUGGCCUUAUCGGAGCUCUCAGUCCACAACGAAAACCUGCUGCUGGAGGGCAAGGCACACACAAAGGACGAGGCUGAGCAGCUGGCGGUUAAGCUGAGGACGCUGAAGGGGAGCCUCUUGGAGCUGCAGAGAGCCCUGCACGACAAGCAGCUCAACAUCCAGGGGACGUCCCAAGAGAAGGAGGAGAGCAGUGCCGAGCUGGCAGCCACGCGGAGCCCCGAGGUCCAGGAGUGGCUGAGCCAGGCGCGCCCCACGCGGACUCACCAGCGGCAGAGCAGUCUGCAGCAGCAGAAGGAGUUAGAACAGGAGCUAGCAGAGCAGAAGAGCCUGCUUCGAUCAGUGGCCAGUCGUGGGGAAGAGAUCCUCACACAGCAUUCGGCUUCGGAGACUUCUGCUGGUGAAAAGCCAGAUGUGUUAUCCCAGAAGCUGGGGCUGGAGGCGGAGAGAUCAUCCACUGAGGACCAGAUGAGAAUGAAAUGGGAAAGCCUCCAUCAGGAAUUCAGUACCAAGCAGAAGCUGCUACAGAAUGUUCUGGAACAGGAACAAGAGCAAGUGCUUUACAGCCGGCCCAACCGGCUCCUGUCUGGAGUGCCACUGUACAAGGGGGAUGGGCAGGCCCAAGACAAGUCUGCAGUCACAUCGUUGCUGGAUGGAUUGAACCAGGCCUUCGAAGAAGUUUCAUCCCAGGGUGGAGGGACAAAAAGGCAGAGCAUUCACUUGGAACAGAAGUUAUAUGAUGGGGUUUCAGCUACUUCCACUUGGUUGGAUGACGUAGAAGAACGUUUAUUUGUUGCCACAGCUCUGUUACCCGAAGAGACAGAGGCUUGCCUCUUCAAUCAAGAGACUCUUGCCAAAGACAUUAAGGAAAUGUCUGAAGAAAUGGAUAAGAACAAGAACUUGUUUUCCCAAGCAUUUCCAGAGAACGGUGACAACCGGGACGUUAUUGAGGACACAUUGGGCUGCCUUUUGGGCCGAUUAUCUUUGCUGGAUUCAGUGGUCAAUCAACGCUGUCAUCAAAUGAAGGAAAGACUUCAGCAAAUACUAAAUUUCCAGAAUGAUCUGAAGGUGCUGCUUACAUCACUGGCUGACAACAAAUAUAUCAUUCUACAGAAACUGGCAAAUGUAUUUGAACAGCCUGUAGCAGAACAAAUAGAGGCAAUACAACAGGCUGAAGAUGGGCUGAAGGAAUUGGAUGCAGGCAUUAUUGAAUUAAAAAGACGUGGUGACAAGUUGCAGAUUGAACAGCCUUCCAUGCAAGAACUCUCCAAACUCCAGGACAUGUAUGAUGAGUUGAUGGUGACCAUUGGCUCCCGGCGGAGUGGGCUGAACCAGAAUCUUGCCCUCAAAAGUCAGUAUGAGAGGGCCCUGCAAGAUCUGGCUGACCUGCUGGACACUGGGCGAGAGAAGAUGGCAGGUGACCAGAAAAUCAUCGUGGCUUCCAAAGAAGAAGUCCAACAACUGCUGGACAAACAUAAGGAAUACUUUCAGGGCCUGGAAUCUCAUAUGAUCUUGACUGAAACCCUCUUCAGAAAGAUAAUCAGCUUUGCAGUCCUAAAGGAAACUCAAUUCCACACAGAACUGAUGGCUCAGGCUUCCGCUGUCCUGAAGCAGGCUCACAAGAGGGGCGUGGAGCUGGAGUACGUUCUGGAGACAUGGUCCCGGCUGGAUGAGGACCACCAGGAGCUCAGCAGACAACUGGAAGUGGUGGAGAAUAGCAUUCCGAGCGUGGGUUUGGUGGAGGAGAGCGAGGACAGGCUCAUUGACCGGAUAACACUCUAUCAGCAUUUAAAAUCCAGCCUUAAUGACUACCAGCCCAAAUUAUAUCAAGUGUUGGAUGAUGGAAAACGCCUUCUGAUAUCGGUGUGCUGCUCAGAUCUGGAAGGCCAGCUCAGUCAUCUGGCCGAACACUGGCUGACCAACACCAACAAGGUGGCCAAGGAACUUCACAGGUUGGAAACGAUACUGAAACACUGGACGAGAUAUCAGAGUGAAUCUGCAGCUAUAAUCCAUUGGUUACAAUCUGCAAAAGACAGGCUAGAAUUUUGGGCCCAGCAAUCUGUGACAGUCCCACAAGAAUUGGAAAUGGUCCGUGACCAUCUGAACGCUUUCCUGGAGUUUUCUAAAGAAGUGGACGCCAAGUCUUCCCUGAAAUCAUCAGUUCUGAGCACUGGCAAUCAGCUUCUCCGGUUGAAGAAGGUAGACACAGCUGCCCUGCGCUCAGAGCUGUCCCACAUUGACGGCCAGUGGACUGCUCUGCUGACAGAGAUUCCCGUUGUACAGGAAAAGCUCCACCAGCUCCAGAUGGACAAGCUGCCUUCACGCCACGCCAUUACUGAAAUCAUGAGUUGGAUCUCUCUAAUGGAAAGUGUCAUUCAAAAGGACGAAGAGAACAUAAAAAAUGCCAUAGGUUAUAAAGCAAUUCAGGAAUACCUCCAGAAAUACAAGGGUUUUAAGAUAGACAUUAACUGUAAACAGUUGACAGUAGAUUUUGUGAACCAGUCUGUGCUACAAAUCAGCAGUCAGGAUGUGGAAAGUAAACGGAGUGAUAAGACUGACUUUGCUGAGCAGCUUGGCGCAAUGAAUAAAAGUUGGCAAAUCCUUCAGAGUCUAGUAACAGAAAAGAUCCAGCUGUUGGAAGGCUUAUUAGAAUCUUGGUCGGAACAUGAAAAUAAUGUACAGUGUCUGAAAACUUGGUUGGAAACCCAGGAGAAGAAACUAAAACAACAGCAGCAGAUUGGAGAUCAGGCUUCAGUUCAGAAUGCAUUGAAAGUCUGUCAGGCAGGGCAGUUAAAGAUACUGUUGAAGUCAGUGCUGGACCAGUGGAGCAAUUACAAAGUGGCCUUUGAUGAGAUCAAUGGUUACCUCAUGGAGGCUAGAUACUCCCUUUCUCGAUUCCGUUUGCUGACUGGCUCUUUAGAAGCCGUGAAAGUUCAAGUAGACAACCUUCAGAGUCUUCAAGAUGAUCUAGAAAAACAGGAAAGGAGCUUAGAGAAAUUUGGCUCUGUCACCAACCAACUACUAAAGGAGUGUCACCCACCUGUGACAGAAACUCUUACCAAUACACUGAAAGAAGUCAAUAUGAGAUGGAACAACCUGCUGGAAGAGAUUUCUGAGCAGCUGCACUCCAGCAAGGCCCUGCUUCAGCUCUGGCAGAGAUACAAGGACUACUCCAAGCAAUGCACUUCCACAGUUCAGCAGCGGGAGGAUCAGACCAACGAGUUGUUGAAGGCUGCCACCAACAAGGACAUCGCUGAUGAUGAAGUUGCCACAUGGAUUCAAAAUUGCAAUGACCUCCUCAAAGGACUAGGGACAGUUAAGGAUUCCCUCUUUGUUCUCCAUGAGCUGGGAGAGCAACUCAAGCAACAAGUGGAUGUUUCUGCUGCAUCAGCCAUUCAAUCUGAUCAACUCUCCUUGAGUCAACACUUAUGUGCCCUUGAACAGGCUCUUUGCAAGCAACAGACUGUAUUACAGGCUGGGGUUCUUGACUAUGAAACAUUUGCCAAGAGUUUAGAAGGUUUGGAAGCAUGGAUUGUGGAAGCUGAAGAAAUCCUACAAGGGCAGGACCCCAGCCAUUCAUCUGACCUCUCUACUAUCCAGGAAAGGAUGGGAGAACUUAAGGUAAAAAUGUUAAAAUCUAAAUCCCAUAUAGCUCAGGACAGCUUGGUUGUACAAAGGGAGAACAGGUGUUCAGAAGAGAUCUUGGAUAUUUGCUGGGUAGGGAGAGAAUUAACCAAAAGGGACGAGUUCAACCUGAAGUUGACUCUCCUCAGUAAUCAGUGGCAGGGAGUGAUUCGCAGGGCCCAGCAGAGGCGUGGAAUCAUUGAUAGCCAGAUUCGCCAGUGGCAGCGCUAUCGGGAGAUGGCAGAGAAGCUUCGCAAGUGGCUGGUUGAAGUGUCCUAUCUGCCCAUGAGUGGGCUCGGAAGUGUCCCUAUACCACUGCAACAAGCAAGGACCCUCUUUGAUGAAGUGCAGUUCAAAGAAAAAGUGUUCCUGAGACAACAAGGAAGCUACAUCCUGACCGUGGAGGCCGGAAAGCAGCUCCUGCUCUCAGCAGACAGUGGGGCCGAGGCUGCCUUGCAGGCUGAGCUCACGGAAAUCCAGGAGAAAUGGACGUCUGCCAGCAUGCGCCUGGAAGAACAGAAGAAACAGCUGGCCUUCUUGUUGGAAGAUUGGGAAAAAUGUGAAAAAGGAAUAGCGGAUUCUCUGGAGAAACUAAGAACUUUCAAAAAGAAGCUUUCCCAGCCUUUACCAGAUCACCACGAAGAACUACACGCAGAGCAGAUGCGUUGCAAGGAACUAGAGAAUGUGGUUGGCAGCUGGACAGAAGACUUGGCACGGCUGACCCUGCUGAAGGACACCCUCUCUGCUUACAUCAGUGCAGAGGACAUCUCCAUCCUCAAUGAGCGCGUGGAGCUUCUGCAACGGCAGUGGGAGGAGCUCUGCCACCAGCUCUCUUUAAGGCGCCAGCAAAUAAGCGAGAGAUUGAAUGAAUGGGCAGUCUUCAGUGAAAAGAACAAGGAGCUUUGUGAAUGGUUGACUCAAAUGGAAAGCAAAGUUUCUCAAAAUGGAGACAUUGUCAUAGAAGAAAUGAUAGAGAAACUCAAGAAGAACCUGACUUUGGCGAGUGGGAGCUUCAUGGUGGUGGCGAAGGAGCCGUGUGCUGUGAGGAUGGCAGAGGACAGCUGUGUGGAUGCAGAUCUCCCGGACUGUAACUGCGAUGUCACAAGGGUGAAGAAGUUGAAGGAGACCCUGGUGGCCGUGCAGCAGCUAGAUAAGAAUAUGAGCAACCUGAGGUCUUGGCUCGCCCACAUUGAAGCAGAGCUGGCCAAGCCAAUUGUCUAUGAUUCCUGUGACUCGGAAGAGAUCCAGAAAAAGCUUGGUGAGCAGCAGGAGCUUCAGAGAGACAUAGAGAAGCACAGUACAGGUGUCGCCUCGGUCCUCAACCUGUGUGAGGUCCUGCUGCACGACUGUGAUGCUUGUGCCACCGACGCCGAGUGUGACUCCAUCCAGCAGGCGACGCGAAACCUGGACCGGCGAUGGAGAAACAUCUGUGCAAUGUCCGUGGAAAGGAGACUCAAAAUUGAAGAGACAUGGCGGUUAUGGCAGAAGUUCCUGGAUGACUAUUCUCGUUUUGAAGAUUGGCUGAAGAUUUCAGAAAGGACAGCUGCCUUCCCCAGCUCUUCUGGGGUGCUCUAUACAGUUGCCAAAGAAGAGCUGAAGAAGUUUGAGGCCUUCCAACGACAGGUCCAUGAAAGCCUAACCCAGCUGGAACUGAUCAACAAGCAGUACCGCCGUCUGGCCCGGGAGAAUCGUACUGACUCAGCUUGCAGCCUAAAACAGAUGGUCCAUGAUGGCAACCAGAGAUGGGACAACCUGCAAAAGCGCGUCACCUCUAUCUUGCGCAGACUCAAGCAUUUUAUUGGUCAGCGUGAGGAGUUUGAGACUGCUCGGGACAGCAUUCUGGUCUGGCUAACAGAGAUGGAUCUGCAGCUCACAAAUAUUGAGCAUUUUUCUGAAUGUGAUGUUCAAGCAAAAAUAAAACAGCUCAAGGCCUUCCAGCGGGAAAUCUCACUGAACCACAACAAGAUCGAGCAGAUAAUUGCCCAAGGAGAACAGCUGAUAGAAAAGAGUGAGCCCCUGGACGCAGCUGUCAUUGAGGAAGAGCUGGAUGAGCUCCGACGCUAUUGCCAGGAGGUCUUCGGGCGUGUGGAAAGAUACCAUAAAAAGCUGAUUCGCCUGCCUCUCCCAGACGAUGAGCAUGACCUUUCUGACCGAGAGCUUGAGCUCGAUGACUCGGCGGCUCUCUCUGACCUCCACUGGCACGACCCGUCUGCAGACAGCGUGCUUUCCCCGCAGCCCUCCUCCAACCCCUCCCUCUCCCUGGCCCAGCCCCUCCGCAGUGAGCGGUCAGGACGAGACACCCCAGCCAGCGUGGACUCCAUCCCCCUGGAGUGGGAUCAUGACUAUGACCUUAGUCGUGACCUGGAGUCUGCAGUGUCCAGAACCCUGCACUCUGAGGAUGAAGAGAGCCAAGAAGACAACGAUUUCUACCUCAGAGGAGCUGUUGGCCUGUCAGGAGGUCACAGCACCAUGGAGUCACAGAUCCGACAACUAGACAAAGCCCUGGAUGAUAGUCACUUCCGGAUGCAGCAAACUGAGAAUAUCAUCCGCAGCAAAACUCCCACGGGACCGGAGCUGGAGGCCAGCUACAAAGGCUACAUGAAGCUGUUGGGAGAGUGCAGCGGCAGCAUCGACUCGGUGAAGAGGUUGGAGCACCAGCUCAGGGAGGAGGAAGAGCCUUUCGCCGGCUUUGUUAACCUGGACAGCACCGAAACCCAGACGGCUGGUGUGAUUGACCGGUGGGAGCUCAUACAGGCCCAGGCACUAAGCAAGGAACUGAGGAUGAAACAGAACCUCCAGAAGUGGCAGCAGUUCAACUCGGACUUGAAGGACAUCUGGGCCUGGCUGGGAGAGAUGGAGGAGGAACUGGAGCAGCUACAGCGCCUGGAGCUCAGCACUGACAUCCAGACCAUCGAGCACCAGAUAAGGAAGCUCAAGGAACUGCAGAAAGCACUGGACCACCGCAAGGCCAUUAUCCUCUCCAUCAACCUGUGCAGCUCCGAGUUCACACAGACUGACAGCGAGGAGAGCCGGGAUCUGCAAGACCGCCUGUCCCGGAUGAACGGGCGCUGGGACCGUGUGUGCUCUUUGCUGGAGGAGUGGCGGGGCCUGCUCCAGGAUGCACUGAUGCAGUGCCAGGAUUUCCAUGAAGUGAGUCAUGGUUUGCUUCUGAUGCUGGAGAAUAUUGACAGAAGGAAAAAUGAAAUCACCCCUAUUGAUUCUAACCUUGACACUGAGAUACUCCAGGAUCACCACAAACAGCUCAUGCAAAUAAGGCAUGAGCUGUUGGAGUCCCAACUAAAAGUGGCCUCACUUCAAGACAUGUCUUGCCAACUGUUGGUGAAUGCCGAAGGGGCAGAUUGUUUGGAAGCAAAAGAAAAAGUUCAUGUUAUUGGAAACCGGCUUAAACUUCUCUUGAAGGAAGUCAGCCAUCAUAUCAAGGACCUGGAGAAGCUGUUAGACAUGUCAAGUAGCCAGCAGGAUUUGUCAUCCUGGUCUUCUGCUGAUGAACUGGACACCUCAGGAUCCAUGAGCCCUACAUCAGGAAGGAGCACCCCAAACCGACAGAGAACGCCACGAGGCAAAUGUAGUCUCUCCCAGCCUGGACCCUCUGUCAACAGUCCACAUAGCAGGUCCACAAAAGGUGGCUCCGAUUCCUCCCUUUCUGAGCCUCGGCCAACUCAGUCCAGCCGAGCCUUCCUGCUCCGAGUUCUCCGAGCAGCUCUUCCCAUCCAGCUUCUCCUCCUGCUUCUCAUCGGGCUUGCCUGCCUGGUCCCAAUGUCGGAGGAAGACUACAGUUGUGCCCUCUCCAACACCUUUGCCCGAUCCUUCCACCCCAUGCUCAGAUACACGAAUGGACCUCCUCCACUAUGA